AUAUAUAUAUAUAUAUAUUCAUAUAUCUUUUUUAUUUAAGAAUGAUCUUGAGUUGCAGUCAGUUGACUCUGCAGUGAUGUAAGGGCAGAUGGAGAACAUUGCAGGGAUGAGCUCACCACAUGCCGUAUUACACACAACACCAGCAGUGUAUAUCAUCUACAUCACACUGGUGGGGCCACACAGAAGCCAAAAAAAAUAAAUAAUGAAAACACAUUCUGCCACCAAUUAACUAUUAGAAAUUGUGUAAUUAUUCUCCACUUUUUCCACAGUGGUGUUUCCAGUGACACGUAGUUUACAGCGGAAAAAUCUAAAACCAUGCAGUUUUGAUCCAAAAAUGUUUAUUUAGCGAGACUGAUUCAUUUAACACAAAUGAAUGAAUAAAUAAAUAAUCUGUUGUUUUGCUUUUAUGGUUCUACUCAUAUUUACAGUAUUAGCUAGACUUCAUCCUGGGUGGGUGCUGUGGACUGAGGCUGUGGCUGAGGGUAAGUGCACUGCUGCCAUCUCGUGGACACGAGUGGAACUCCACCACGAGUGCAACAUCAACAUGGAUAAGAAUAAAUAUGCUCACGGUCAUAUAAUUAUUGUUACCAUCCCUUAAUUUUCGAGCAUCAGCUGUUUGAGUUUAUUGUGAAACUUACUAAUGUACAAGACGUAAAAUGUAAAAGAGUCGAUUCCACACCUUUGUUUACAUGGACUGCACUCAGCAGACGCCCCUUACGUAGAGCUACUUAGAAAAGUGCUUUAUAAUAAUCUCCAUCAAAACAUUUCCUCAUGCUAUCAUUAACUUAAAACCCGAUCCGGGGAGCAUAGCAGAGCCUGGAAACAGACCACACGAGUCAAUGGACUUUAUAACGAGUUCUAAUUCAAGUGCUUGAGCUUUUAUGCUUUGUGUUGAAAAUAUUCAUUAGCAAUAUAUAACCAUGACACGAGAGUCGAUUCAUGUCGGGAACAACAGCCAUCACUGUUUAUUUUGGAGAAAUAUUUAUUAAAUGUAUCCCAAACAAGCGCGGACUUGGUGAUUUGGGGGCCCUAAGCGAUUCCAGGUAUGCGCAUGUGCAGUACGAUAGGGACGUUCCACUAUUCAUGAAUCAUGGGGGGGGGGCGCAUUUGAAAAGAUGUAAUAAUAACGUUAAAAUCUUAAUGGUUAUAGACAGACCAUACAGUAUAUGAUAGAAACGUAAUACGUACUAUAUGAUUUGUAUUGGUCGGGACCCCCUAAUUCCCCGGGGCCCUAAGCGGCUGCUUACCUCGCUUAUUGGUUAAGUCCGCCCCAUCCCAAACUAUUUUAGUACUGACUGUAUGACUGCAUCCAAUAAUUAUUCUAUACCAUUUGAAUUUUUGAAAUGAACCAAUCAGAAACAAGCCAGGGGUAAGCGGAUAUGACGUGACCGAGCUAUAUAAGGAAUGCAGCACCGGUGUAAGGUUCAGAGAGCACGAUUCCUAACCCUAGGCGAGUUCAUACUUCCUGUCCGGUGAGAUUACUGUUUUUGUCUCCAGCUUUCAGUAAGUAACAGGAAGUUUUCCGUGGCGCCCCGGUUGUGAUAAAAGAUUACAAAAAAAAAAAAGCUUGGAGUGUGCUCUCUGAAGCUCGGUGUCUCCGGGCUCGAGCGUGCCGUGUUGUGGACAGCCAGGCUGCCGCUAAGAGGUCUCCCCUCUGCCGCAGUGCGCUCGAGUCCGGAGGAUCAGCACACACUGAGCAGAUCAAACUGAGCAUGGCUACUCUUUGCACAUCCUUCCAGUGGUCAUGCAGAAGUAGCCCCUGCUCAAACACAUGCUUUCGAAGCCUUCUUUAUUCACAGACAGUAGCCCUGGAGCACCGACACGGAGUUUAGAAGAAAAGGUGCAACGAGUUCUCCAGCAUGCACGCUUUCACUAACUUCAGCAGUUGGUUCCCAAAGUCAGCAGUGUUCCUGGGGCAUGUUAGGAACCUGAUGCACAAUUCUCCAAAGGUUACUUUUUACAUUUUUAAAACCGAAAUAUAAUGUUAUAAAGUCUCCAGUGUUCACUACACGCUGCUUCUUUCCACUGCUGAGUAGUUCAUUUAAAAAGACAUUAUUUUCUCUAUCUAUAUAAACCCUAGUGAUUGCUGAUGCUGGAAAUUUCUUUAAAAAUAUUUGCAUGAAUGACUCCUCAUCGAAUUGCAUCUGGAUAAAGGUUCAUAGUCAGCAAAAAAUAAAAAAUAUCCUGUCUGACUGAGGCAAUAAACAUUUUUCACACUGAGGGCACUUCAGAGAAACUUGGAACAGUUAGUGUUUUUAUUUUUUUUUAAUGCUUUAUUUAUUCAUGAACAGUUUUACAACACCCUGUGUGUGGUUUAUGAAACUGAUAUGCGUCACAAUGACAAACUAGCAAGCUUGAGACCUUGGAGUUUCCAGGUUUUCAAAUGAUUGACUUCCUGUGUUAAUUAAACUCAGGACCAGGGCUGUGUCUUUACACAUGUCAUUUAGCUUGUAUAGCCAGAUUUUAAGGCUUAAUACAGAAUUGAGUGAAAUGUUUGGAUUCUUCUAAAGUACAUUUUAACCAAGUUUGUCAGGUGCUGGUGUAAGUAUAUGCUGGACUCUAAAUACACAGGAUUAAUUAGCCUGGUCUUCAUUAAAUUGAUUGUUUCUGGGUAGUUUUACCUAGCCCAGUCUCCUUUUGGUAAAAGGCUCCAUUUGAACAAAUUGCAUUGCUGUCCUUUUGGGAAAUGAUUCAUUAAAGAAUGUCACUCUGUAAUAUGUUCAGUUUUAUUUUUUAAUAAAAUCUUUAAUGCUAAACUUGUAGUUCCUUUCUUUGUUGGUUGCUCCUGUCAAUGAUUUAACAUGUUUUGUUUUAUUUAAAAAAAAAUCAAUUUCUUUGCUCUUCAUGACCUAAUUUAUCUUGCCAAAAUGGACAAAACAGAUGGCUUUUUCCGUUUGUUGUAUAACACUUCAGCUUUAGCACUAAAUGUUAUUAGGUCUGUUGUUCUGUCCAGUGUUUGCCAUCUCUUCAGUGGAAUUAAACCAAAUAAUUAACUUGUAUUAAAAGUUGUGUGAAGUGUUUUUCCACUGAACAUGUCUAAGCUAUUUGAGCACACUGCUGUAUAGCUGACAAAAUAUUACAUUCUUUCCAAUGGCUAGAAUACCUUCGGGUAAUUUAGUCAUAUAUGUAAUGCAUUCUUAAUGAACUUUAAGGGCUAUGUAAUCGAUCAGCAGUGGACUUUUUGGGAAGUUUCACUUGCAGACCCAAGACAGAUUUGUUCACAGCACAUGACAUACAAUGAAAAUGUGGAUGUAUCUAAUGCAUUUGCGUAAUUAUGCAUUUAGAGUAUAAACAAGGUAAAGUUAAAUAAAAUGAUUUAAAAAAAAUGUAUUUAAAUAUGACGCGUCCUUAUGUAAUAUAACUAUUUACAGAUAUAGUAGCCUAUGUCUUUAUGAAACACUAUUUGUGUACUGAGGAAAUGGCUUGUUUAUUUUUUAUUUUUUUCGCUCACCACAAUAAAAUUUCCGUUUUGCCCGAUUGCCAUAUGUCAGUGGAUGCGGUUCAAGUAAAAGCGAAAAGGUUGGAUGUGAUUCGCCGGAGCCUCGUGCAGCCAAGCCUACCGUUUAACGGUGGAUUAAAAUUGAGCAGCCCUUUAAUAAUUACUCGAAAGCGCGUAUUUGCAUGUGAACAUUAUUUUAUUGUCGGAGUAUGCGGUGGUUGUUUUGAUCGGAUGGAGCUGCUGCUGAUGCGGCCUGAGCGGAUACGCUGCUGAGAUGGCGAUGGGUAAAUGGCUGCUGUACGCCGGUCUCGCGCUUUCUCUGCUCGCUUUGUGCUUCCUCACGGUCGCUGUCUCCUCCGAUCACUGGUACGAAACGGACGCCAGGAGGUACAAAGAGCGCUGUCGGGCUUUCUCGAACCGUCGCACCGACCCGGGCUUCAUCUACAUCCCGAGCCACAGCCUCCCGCUGCGCGAGCCGCGGCCGCUGAUGAUGCGCGAGCGGAGGGAGCUGUUCGGCGCGAGCGCGGCGGAUGAGUGCAAGCGCCGCUACAACUCCACCACCGUGGGUCUGUGGAGUAAAUGCUACCGGCUCGGCUUCGACCGGAACAUCGAGGAGCUCAUUAAGAAAGGGACUAUUGAGAGGUGCUCCUACAUCAAGUACUUCUACACUUCCUCGACUCUGGUGCGAAAGGAUAUCUCUUACAAUAUCACCAAGACCAUUCAGCAGGAUGACUGGCAUGCCUUGCAUCUGCGCCGGAUGACAGCGGCCUUCAUGGGCAUGGCUCUAUCCAUCAUCCUGUUUGGCUGGACAAUAGGACUGCUAGGCUGCUGCUGGGAUCAGGGCCUCAUGCACUAUGUUGCUGGCUUGCUUUUCCUCAUGGGAGGUACGUUUUGCAUCAUCGCCCUGUGUACUUGCGUGGCUGGAAUCAAUUUUGAACUUUCCCGCUACCCACGUUACUUAUUCAGCCUCCCAGAUGACAUAAGCCACGGUUACGGCUGGUCCAUGUUCAGCGCCUGGUGUGGUUUGGGACUUACACUUAUUGCUGGUUUCUUCUGCACGCUGGCACCAUCUAUUCAACCUCCGCCACCACCUAGCCGUACUCCCUACUCUAAAUCCCGCAUGGAGAAUGGCACAGUGUGCUAAACUACUAUGGAACGGGCAGGAGGCAUGAAAGAACACAUGCCUUAACUAUGUGACAUUGUGAACUUUUUAAAGGGAGUGAAAACUCCACGAUGUAAGCGUGUGAUGGACAGUGUGUGUGUGUGUGUGUGGACCUCUGCUGUAGAAGCAGUUGUACAGACGUAUAAAAGUGGUUGUCUUGACGUGAUCAGAAUAUCGUCGAUGGAGCAGUUCUCGUUCUGUUUCGGUGUGCAUUGUGCAUUUUCUUGAUUUGAGAAAAGACUUAACAUUUCACAAGACACGUUCACAAAGACGUCAAGGUUAAAUAUAUAAAUAUAUCUGAUGAAAAUAAUGUGUAAUAACAUUACGUGCUGUUGUGAUGCGCCCAUUAGAUAAUAAAAACUCUUAUUAUAGGUGUUGUA